AUGGAAGCCCUGGUUUAUGAGAACUCGCCGUUGGCGGAAUAUCUGAGAGGGGAAGGUGAACACGAUCCAGACUGGCCGGUCCAGGAAACAAAGAGCGAGGAUGAUCCCUUCGACUCAACAGCAUCAAACUUUGCUCCGCGGGGCACUUCAAAAUUCCAAGAGCGCAUCCGAAACAAGCUACCCAAACCCCUGGAACUGAAAUCCUCGCGCCAGAGGGCAGUCUUGGGUAAACUCUACAAUGCCUGUGCAACCGCCCUGAACUCACGCGUUGGACGGAGUGACAAUGAAAGAUUCCUAGAGCAGUUUGGAUACGUUAUCGUCGCAUCGCAGUUGUUGAAUGAACACAGUGCACCCUCGUAUACGUCAGCCGCAGACAUACUAUCGAACUCGAAUCCCGUUGACCUUCCAUCACUUUCCACAACCUUUGGCGUGCAGGGUGCCGUUGUCACAGCAUCAACGUCCUUCUCAAUCGCCUGGCUGUUACACUGGAGCCGAUCGCGGACGGGGUCCGGAUUCAACCCUCGGAAAGUCGGUGUACUUCUGGUUCUUGUCCCAGUGCUUGGGGUUCUGUUCUAUGCUUUUGCCAGACGCCAGUGGCUCAAGUACCUGCGGCAUCAGGCUGUUGAUGCGGCUGUAGUAUUCAUAAGCAAUGCGCAGUCAUUCGAUUCCGCUGCUUCGGCGUCGGUCGUUUUCAUACAGGAGGUUGAGCUGGUCUCACGGGGUUAUCGCAUAAGCACGCCCUUGCCUCCUGUAAGUAGACUUGAGGAUCAAGCGCAGACACGAAGAUGUCUGAGACUGCGUCGGACCGUGUCCGAGUGCUUUUACUCAAUGUUGCAGCGUUACCUACAGGCUCAGCACAUAUUGCAACCACUGACAGACAAUGACAAUCUCGCCAAGUACCACGACAUUUACGAUGUCUCACUAGAAGAGCUCACCGAAGCCGAGGCCGCCUUGGCUGAACGGGAAACAGAAGACCAAUACUCACUGCGCGCGCUUCGCACCCUUUUCGGAAGGCUAUACAACGUGAGAAAGAGCAUUCUUUGCUGUCUCCUAGCCCUGGGCGCCGAUGGUGGCGGAUCCGACAUCGUAAGAUGGAGCACGGCUAUUGAGCAGAUGCGAGAUCUUGCCCAAGUCACGGGAGUGAAUACCCGCAAGAUGGCUAGCAUUCUCAAUGAAGAUGACCGGGACGUGAUUCCUCCUUCGCCGCUGCCUACGGCCUCUCCUAACAGGGAGAAUCUUCGCUCUCAAUUUCGAAAGCUCAAUACGCUUACUCAAGGCAUCCGCGCCCUUCACGCGAAAAUGCAUCUGAUCAGAGAGCUGUCCACUGCCACUUCAGAGCCUACCGACACGGAAGAACUCGAAGCAACCCUUCUUGCCCAAUACGAAUCAAUUGGAACGGACAUCAGAGGCCUUCUUCAGGAAUGGGAGGCUGGCAAAAUUGCUCUGAUGAGCAGCAUUGACAAGCGAUCCUCGGUAGAUCAUAUGUCGCGCCCGCCCAGCGGGAUGAAGCUACCAUUGUCCCCAACACCCAGCCUUGGCGGUGCCACCGCGGUAGAGGGAAGCCCAGCAGAUGCGCUCCGGGCUCUGAAUGGCGAUAUCAAGCCAGAUCCGAGCAUUAUCCAGAGUGUCGACGACGACGAGGAGAUAUUCGAAUCGAUAGUUCUCCCGUCCCGCAAUAAAAGGGCGUCUCUGACGAGGGAAGAGCGCAUUGCCCGUGUCAAGGAAGACCGGGCGAAACAGGCUGCUGCACGCGAACGAGCGGACGCGAAUACCAGCAUGCUGAAAGAGCUCGAAAUGGUCAUCAAGCAAAGACCUCGAGCGACAGCUUCAAAGAGGGUCACGAUGUUGGAAGCGCGACUAGAACAAGCAAGCCUUCUCAAGCGCGUCGUCGACGCUAUCAAAGAUCUCGUACAGGACUGCAACUUCGACUGCAAUGACUCGGGAAUCGCCCUUCAGGCCAUGGACAACUCUCACGUAGCUCUAGUUUCCAUGCUUCUCAAGGCUGAGGGUUUCUCGCCCUACCGCUGCGACCGCAACAUUGCCCUUGGUAUCAACCUGGUUUCCUUGACCAAGGUUCUGCGUGCCGCUCAGAACGAAGACAUCCUCACACUCAAGGCGGACGACUCGCCUGAUGCCGUGAACCUCAUGUUUGAGAGCGCCGAGACCGACCGAAUAAGCGAGUAUGAUAUCAAGUUGAUGGACAUUGACCAAGAGCACCUGGCCAUCCCAGAGACAGAGUAUGCCGCCACGGUGGAGAUGCCGUCGGCAGAAUUCCAGCGGAUCUGCAGAGAUUUGAAUGCGCUUUCUGAGUCUGUCGUCAUUGAGGCUACAAAGGAAGGUGUCAAGUUCUCAUGCCAGGGAGACAUCGGCAGUGGCUCGGUUACAAUCCGUCAACACACCAGCGUCGACAAGCCGGAGCAGAACGUUUCGAUUGCCCUUAGCGAGCCUGUUGCUCUCACCUUUUCCCUUAAGUACCUCGUCAACUUCUGCAAGGCUACAUCGCUGUCGAGCCAGGUUACUCUCUGCCUAUCACAGGAGGUGCCUCUACUUGUUGAGUACGGGCUGGGAAGCGGCCACCUGAGAUUCUAUCUCGCUCCUAAGAUCGGAGACGAGGAGUAA